CUGCUCUCUUCAUGAUGGAAAGGCUUCAACCGAAGCUGAAGCUGAUAACAGGGCUGGCGGCACUCUCAGUGAGUCACAUUAGACCGCUCUCUCGAGAACGUUCAUUAAGCCACAAAGAGAGAAGGCAGGCAAAUCUAUCAAGCGGAGCUGCUGCACAGGCAAAUGAUCAAAUCUUUUGCUAGUGUUAUGGAUUGACGUCAUGGGUCUGGAUGAUGAUAAAUCCCUUGAGCCGCUGCUGCUAACGUUCGGCACUGUGAAUCCCAUGGAAGCUCAUUGAAUGGCUUAAGAUUUAUGGAAGCUGCUGCUGGAAGACUGGCUAAGCGGACAAGUCUCUAUGCCUCUAAGCCUCACUGCCGGCAGCUUUUGAAGGCAUCUCCCUAUUUAAUGGUUGAUUUCUUUGUUGCUGCAUGGAACAAGAGCGAUGUUUGCCGUCUUCCCAUCUGUUCAUUGGAAAUGAUUGCAAAUUCUAUCACAGAAAUUACCCACAACCCACCGGCGCCUUUCUGCUUAAUUCUGCACUGAAAGGCAAAUAAUUGUGUAAGGCAUUCUCAGGCUCAACCUGAUCCCCACCCAAAUGGGCCAGCUGGGCUCCAGCAGCACUUGUGCGCUGCCUGGAACCGAUCCGAUCCGAUCCGAUCCGUGGCUGUUCCACAGGGUGCCCAAAGCGGCGAUUAGACGCUUGAAUGGCUGCACAGGGGCCGAACACCCUGUCAACGCGCCGAAUGGAAUUGGCCAGCGGACAGCGCACAUGUUCGAUUAUGGCCAAAGAGCGACCAAGCAGAACCAGCACCCAGUCAGCACAUGGAUGCCCGGACUGGCUUUGUGCUUCACUGAGUGCGCAGGGUAAUAAUUGAGAGAGGUAUGCCAGCAGGCGCAGGCGCAGGCGCAGCACAAGGGAGCACCAACUUUGGAGGUUCAACUCUGCUCCUGGCACCAUUCAGCGUUCAGCGUUCAGCGUUCGUUCGCAUUCCGUGGCUAGUCGCAGCGCGAGACGGAACUCGGCUCGGACAGAACACACAGACUGAAGCACACACAGCGUAAAGUCCCAGUCCAAGCUUCCUCCUUUCACUGCUCCAUCCUUUGGUGUGUGUUAUUUGUUGUUGCUGCUGUUUGCGUUGAUUUUUUUUCUGUGCCUGUGCCUGUGCCUGUGCCUCCGCCGUGUCCGUGUGUGUUUUUUGGGCGUCGCGUGAAGUGCACGAGCGCGUCAUGAUUGUCAAUAUGCCCGUCAAUGGCACGGGCAGUGUGAGUGCUCCCGGUGUCCAUCCAAGUCCAGCCACAAACAACAACAACAACAACAACAGCACCAACAAUAAUAAUACUAGCAACAACAACAACAACAGCGACUGCGAAUAUAAUUUCCUGAAGCGCAAAUACGAGUCGCAGGUGGAGGUUGAGGGACAGGAGCUGGCACUGGGCCAGGACUACGAUCAACUGGAGACGAAUCCCUGGAAGAAGCGCCACCUCGAGUACGAUGCCGGCGACCUGCACUUUCACCUCCAGCUGGAACCACCAGCAGCCAGCAGCACGGCCAGUGGCGGCUCCGCGGCUCCCUCCACCGUUGCCGUUGCUGCUGGGCCUGGGCCUGGGGCUGUGAUUGGAGCUGGAUCGGCACCAGAGUCAUCGGCCGCGUUUAUUAACGAUUUGUUUGCCUACGACAGCAGCCUGCUGGUGCCGUCUGCCGCUUUUUGCGGCCCACCCAGCACGCUGCCCACGACCUCGCUGAGCGCACCCCUGGAGGAUGGUCCCGGCGGCGGCUGGCAGGCGGGCGAGCUGCUCGAGCUCGAUCAUCGCUACAACUCUGGCCUGCAGGCGGAGAUUGGCCAGUUGAGUGCGACGCUGCCGCUUGCCAGCUCCCAGCAGCAGCAGCAGCAGCUCCAGCACCAGUCGCAGUCGCAGUCCCAGCCAUCGGCACAGAGCUUCAUGGUGCCACUGAAACAGUCGGGAUGUCGGAUUCUGCCCACGGGCAGGCGCACUUCGGCAGGAUCCACGGGCACGCCAUCGACUGCGACUGCUAACGAUGGCUCGGAGGCGGACUUUGAGGACAAGAACCUGUCGUGGCUGCUCAACUUUAAGUUUGACGAAUUCCCCCAUCUGUCGCCCCAUGGCCAGGGGCAGGGCCAGGGCCAGGGACAGGGACAGUCUCAGCCGGUGGGACAAGCCGAGGCCGUAACGCCCACAACUAUUGUCAGCACAUCGCCCUGCAGCUCGAACUCGCCGCAAUCCGCAUCCACAUGCACCACAAGCUCAAACCAUUCGCUCAACUCCAGCCAGGGCCACGGACCAGCGGCCCUGAUGGAUCAGCGGGACCAGCGAUCCCCCAAGAGCUGCACCAACGCCCCCCCACUGGGUGCAUCCACAGUUGGAGUAGCUGGCACUGCAGCCGGCGGCAACAUGAGCAGCUCCACGAAGACCGGCCGCAAGUUCGAGGAGCUCGUCAUGGAAGUCACCUCGGAGCUGGAUGGCAGCGACAUGAUAGUGGCCGAGCAUGUUGUGGUCGAGGACACGACCUCCAAGGCGCCAAAGAAACCACCGUUCACCUACACGGAACUCAUCGAAUACGCCCUCGAGGACAAGGGUGAACUGACUGUGUCGGGCAUAUACCAAUGGAUAUCCGAUCGCUUUCCGUAUUACAAGUCAAACGAUGAUCGGUGGAAGAACUCGGUGCGACACAAUCUAUCCAUCAAUCCGCACUUUCGGAAAGGCGUUAAGGCGCCACAGGGCGCUGGCCACUUGUGGGCCAUCUCCAGCGGAGACUCCGCCGAGAAUGUCUUGGCCUGGGAGCACAAGAAGCAACGUCUCGAUUUGUUCUUUAAAAUGGAGUCCAUCAAUCGGGAGCGCAUUCAACAGCAUCAGCAGCAGCAACUCCAGCAGCAACAGCAACAGCAGCAGCAACAACAACAACAACAGCAGCAGCAACAUAAUUGCCACUCGCCGCAACAGGGACAGACACAGACACAGACACAGGGAAUAAAUCAAUCGAGCAAUGGCUGCCUGUACGAUGAGGCAGCCGUGGCAGCUGCCACACUCACGCAGGAGAUGCUGCAACAUGCUGCAGCAACGACAAACGAGUCAACGUCAGGACAGUCGCAGUCACAGUCGCAGUCACAGUCGCAGUCCCAGACGCAGUCUCAACAUCAUUCCAAUCAUCAGCAUCACCAUCAUCAUCAUCAUCACCAGAGACUGCUGCCCUUCAAUGAUCUGCUGAGCGACGACGAGCUGCGCAAGACGGCCGGCCAGAUACUCAAUGGCAUUCAUCGCGAGGUGGAGGUGCAAUCGGUGAACUCCAUCAUCAGCACCUACCACGACGUGCUGCUCGACAAUGACUAUCUCAAUCCCAUACACAAGGACGUUGUCGUUACGGAGAGCGGCCUGAGGCAGCAGCAGCAUGGCAGCGUGGGCAGCGGCAUACACAUGAACAGCGGCAACAGCCUGACCCACUCGCAGUACUACAUCACCGAAAUCGAUCCCAUGGAGCUGGGCAUACAGAUGUCCCACCAAGUGGAGCCCUCCGAGGAGGAGGUGCUAUUCAGCGAUGAGUUCAAUCUCAAUUACUUUGGCUACAAUCCCGGCAGUGACAUUGUCGCUUGACCGCGCAGACAACACUCGGAAUUGGCUUCGGUUCCAGUGCCUGUUUCCGUGUCAGCUUCAGCUGCGGCUCCAGCUCCAGCGCAGCCAAGCAAUUGAGGUGGCCCAGUGCUCUAUGCUCGCUCCAUGCCAGAACAACAAUCGUAACUGUAGCAGAUCCUACUCAUAAGCCAACUCUCAACGAAAAUACUAGUCACACAUUCACCAAAAAACACUUACAACUAACCACCUAAGGACCUGUAGGACUGUAGAGGAACCUUUACCCAUCAUCAGCGCAUAAAACCCUCUCCCCGUCCACGUCCCCGCCCCCGCCCCUUAUGUAUAGUCUAGUCUUGAGUACAAAUCGAAUGCUCAAAUCUCAUUUUUGUCUACAUUUUAGUUGAAUACUAGGUACGUCCACAAAUAGGCGCUAAGUAGCUUUCUAGCGUUAAGAACAUGUUUAUGCAACAUAUUGUAUCCCUCAUAGCUCUUUCCCGAAUUUAGUUAAGUGUUUCUACAAGUAGUCGAAUAAACCCUACCUACCCUACCUAACUAAACAUAGGCCUAUCGAGCAUAUACUUAUAGGCAGAUAGAGAUACAACUAAACCCUAUAAAACGAACUUAGAAUAAUGUACUUGGGGUACACUGUUUACCCCCUCCAACCUGUCUAUCCCCUGUCUGUAGUAGUAACUGCACCUAACUGGUUUUAUUCAUUAUGGCAAA